CUUGGACCAAUCAUCUGCACUGUGCGUGGGGCGUAAAAGGAGGCGUUUCCCAGGCUGCUGAAUGCUGAUUGGCGCGGUCACAUCAAAGGCCGUAUUUGAUAACAUUGAGGAGGAUACAAAUCAGGACGAGACGAGGGCGGCGGUUCAUAGCGAGAUCAUUUCAAGAAACUAAUAGAGGACUAAAGCGUAUUAAUACAUCUAAAACAUCAAAGAUCCCUCUCCCUCUGUAUCCAGUGCUUCUCCAGUGUUUGAGCUGUCAGGGUGAUGUCAGCUGCCUGCUUUGCGCGCCUGGCAAGGUGCAGUGGUCUUCAUGUGGGACGUAGUGGUCUUUUACAGAUGACCACAGUCCCAGGUCCAUUCCAGCAGGACAGCCACCUCCAGUUCACAAUCUUCCGGAGACAACUUUACAGCCCUUCAGGAAAAAGGCACAGCAACACACGCUUUGAUGCAGACAGCAGUGGUCAACCCACUACUUGGGAUUCAUUUGGCAUCUGGGACAAUCGUAUUGAUGAGCCCAUUCUGCUGCCGUCCAGCAUUCGCUAUGGCAAGCCCAUUCCCAAAGUCAACUUAUCAAGGGUAGGCUGUGCCUCGCUCAUCGGCCAACGCAAGGAGAAUGAAGACCGCUUCCAGGUCUCACAAUUGACUGACAGCCUCCUCUACUUUGCUGUGUUUGAUGGGCACGGCGGGCCAGAAGCAGCUGACUUUUGUGAAAAAUACAUGGAGAAAUUUAUCAAGGACCUUGUGGCAGAAGAGUCCAAUCUGGAAGUAGUUUUAACGAAGGCCUUCCUUGAAAUAGACAAAGCUCUUGCAAGGCACCUGCAUUUCUCUCCAAAUGGCUUUGAUGCCUUGGAUUUCCCAACUGACAUGACCCAAGCACUUUUGGUUAGAGUACCCGGGAUGAAUGUAGGAAGCACCUCCACCGUGGCCUUGCUGAGGGACGGCAUUGAGCUGGUGGUGGGCAGUGUGGGUGACAGCCGUGCAAUGCUGUGUCGCAAGGGCAAGGCCCUUAAACUCACUGUCGACCACACUCCUGAGAGGAGGGAUGAGAAAGAGAGGAUAAAGAGAAGUGGGGGUUUUAUUACCUGGAAUAGUCUGGGACAGUCAAACGUCAACGGCAGGUUGGCCAUGACGCGCAGCAUCGGAGACUUUGACCUGAAGAACACGGGGGUCAUUGCUGAGCCGGAGACCAAGAGAAUAUCUUUGCACCAUGCCCACGACUCGUUCCUGGCGCUGACUACAGACGGCGUUAACUUCAUUAUGAAUAGCCAGGAGAUCUGCAACGUCAUAAACCAGUGCCACGACCCGAAGGAGGCAGCUCAGAGAAUAUCUGACCAGGCUCUUCAGUAUGGCUCAGAGGACAACAGCACAAUUAUCGUGGUGCCCUUUGGUGCUUGGGGAAAGCACAAGAGCUCGGACACAAGUUUCUCCUUCAGCAGAAGUGUUGUCUCCAGUGGUCGCUGGGCGUAGUCAGCUGGAUUAAAAGGUUGCGGUCUGUGGACCUAAUUAAUGUGUGCAAUACAAUCGAACAACAGUGCCCUUGUGAAAACAUUAUAAAAAGUGAGGUGUGUCCAAGCAACAAUACAGGGUUACAACAUGUUAUUUAGAGAAGCAUGAUAUUUAUUAGCCUCUGCGAAGUAAGAGGCAGUGAAUUCAUGAUGUACACUAAAUGAAAAACAUCCUCUUUUAUAAAGGUUUAAUCUACCAGCAAGCCAAUGACCUUAUAGGUGCUAAAAGCUGAGAAGUGUUUGAAUGGCAGACAGUAAUUCAUGAUGACAUGAAAGCCGUCACUUGUGUAUAUGUAGCCUGCGCUACAUUAGCCAUGAU